AUGGAAACACUCGUGGGCGGAAGUGAGACUGAAGCUGCGCGCGAGGAGGGAGGCACCUCACGGGAUAAAAUUAGCGAAUUCGUUAGCAAAGGAGAAAAAAUUUUCGUUAACAUGACGAAUACGUUGCAAGAGAUGUCCCAUCAUGGCAAAAAGUUAUCGGCAGUUGCUGAAACGGUAGAAAAGCUUCAGGCUGAUCUAAAAGCAAUGAAAAGAAAACAUGAAUCAAACAAAGAGAGUACGUCGAAAAAACGAAAAAUGUCUGACAGUGACACAUCUUCGGACGACGAUGAUGACGAAAAUAUAAAUGACACAAAUAAUGCAGCAGACGUAGCUGCUAUAUUUUCUGAUAGACAGUCUGACAAUGAUGGAGAAGAAGAAAAUGAUGAUUUCCUCCAAGAACUGGAUAACCAAUUCAAAGAAAGACUGGAAACGGGAGACAAGGUGUCAGAAAAAAUUGCUGGCUUUACAAACAGGGGUCUGCGGGCUGAUCCACAGGAACAAGUAAUGAAACAACUUAGAGAAAAGCAUAAAAGACCAGAAAAUCUACCAAACCUUCAAACUCCUCAAGUUGAGACGUUCUUGUGGAGGGAAUUAAAACUGACAACAAAAUUGAUCGACGCAAAGCUACAGAAGUCUGUACAUCAACUGUCAGACUGUCUGGUCCCAGUUAUUAAAGCUUUGGACCAUGUCCGAGUAUCGAAGACAGUUGACAGAGAAUUGAUGAAAGACCUGUUAAGUGACACAUUCAAUAUGAUGGUCCACAGCAUCACAUCCACAAAUAAAGCUCGAAGGGAUAAAAUAAUUCAAGAGAUCCAUCCUACAUAUAAAAGCAUAUGUCAAAAGUCUGUGCCAUCUGCCACACAAUUAUUUGGCGACAACCUGAAAGAAGAGGCAAAAGCUUUUUCGGAAAGAGCACCACAGAUGACACAGGGUCCAAAAAAUCCUUUUUUAGGGAAAAGAGGAGGGGGGCACUCCAGCAAGACCAAACAGCAUUAUCGGAAACCAUACAACAGUGGAUACAGUCAGCAGAAACCAUUUUACAAACACAGCCGACCACAACUUCCUCACAAAAGUCAACACUUUCAAAAGAAAGAUCAACAGAUCCAACGAAAAUAAAUCUUAAUGGCCAAAAUUCUACAAAAAAUAGAAGAAGACGAGACAGAAGCUGUGUUGAUAUGUCCGCUUUGGACGACACAAACUUGGUGGGCAUCAAUCCUUCCCCUCAUCAGCGGCCCAUGUUUUUUGAUCCAGAACCCAC